UAAAAGCAUUUUAUAUAAUCCCGAGAAUGUUUAUCGAAGCUUCGCUCAGACAGCUCGCUAAUUUUUCAUUUCUUUAGUUUUCUACCUUCGACGAGUGACGAUCUUGGCUAAUUAAAUCUUAAUUUUCGAGUGAUUUUUUUUUUCUAAAUAAUUGCUUGAAGGGUAUUGUCAUCAAGAGCUGCAAUGGCAUUUAGAAAAUUUGGCGUGACAGCGGUUGGAACUCUGCUUGGAGGGACAUUUGCAACUUAUGCUCUCCGUAAAGAUGAAGUGCUUGCACGUGUGGAAAUGGAAGCUAAGCCAAUCAAAAGAGCACGAAAACUUCCUUUAAGGAAUGAACAACUUUCUGCUUUGCAAUCGGGAGAAGAAUACGAUGUUUUGAUUAUUGGAGGUGGUGCCACUGGAGCUGGAUGUGCUUUGGAUGCCUGUACGCGAGGAUUGAAAACUGCACUUGUUGAAGCAAAUGAUUUUGCUAGCGGCACAUCGUCAAGAUCAACUAAAUUGAUUCAUGGUGGUGUUCGAUAUUUGCAAAAAGCAAUCUUAGGGCUUGACAUUGAACAAUACAACAUGGUCAAAGAAGCUCUACGUGAACGAGCUUCGAUGCUUCAAUCAGCUCCACAUUUAACGCAUCCUUUACCAAUCAUGUUGCCAGUCUAUCAAUGGUGGCAAGUUCCUUACUUCUGGGCUGGCAUUAAAGCAUACGAUUUUGUUGCUGGGGAUCGUAAUGUGAAAUCAAGUUAUUACUUAUCCAAGCAAGACGCCCUUGAACGAUUUCCUAUGUUAAAGAGUGAUAAGUUAUGUGGUGCUAUUGUUUAUUAUGAUGGUCAGCAAGAUGACGCAAGAAUGUGUCUCGCAGUUGCUUUGACUGCAGCUCGUCAUGGUGCAACUGUCGCCAAUCAUGUAGAAGUUCAAGAAUUAUUGAAGAAGAAAGACGAAAGUGGAAAAGAAGUUUUAUGUGGUGCUAAACUUAGAGAUAAUUUGACAAAGAAAGAAUGGACUGUUAAAGCUAAAUGCAUCAUUAAUGCAACAGGUCCUUUUACCGACAGUAUCAGAAAGAUGGACGAUCCAAAUGUGAAAGAAAUUUGUUGCCCCAGUUCAGGAGUUCAUAUUGUGCUGCCUGGAUACUACAGCCCUCAACAAAUGGGUCUUCUUGACCCAGCAACAUCUGAUGGGCGAGUUAUUUUCUUCCUUCCAUGGCAACGUCAAACUAUCGCUGGCACAACUGAUUCACCUUGUGAAGUGACACGAAAUCCAAAGCCAAGUGAAGACGAAAUUCAAUUUAUUUUGAAUGAGAUUAAACAUUAUUUGAACAAAGAUGUUGAUGUGCGUCGUGGAGAUGUUUUAUCAGCUUGGUCAGGAAUUCGUCCGUUAGUUUCCGAUCCUAACAAAGAUGACACCCAGUCACUUGCUAGAAAUCACAUUGUUCAUGUCAGCAAAUCAAAUUUAAUCACCAUUGCUGGUGGUAAAUGGACAACUUAUCGUGCAAUGGCUGAACACACAAUUGACGCUGCAAUUAAAGCUUGUGACCUUAAACCGCUUCGAUCUGAAUGUAUAACUGACCAACUUCAAAUCGAAGGCGCACAUGGAUGGACUCCAACAAUGUACAUUCGUUUGGUGCAAGAUUUUGGCUUAGAAUGUGAAGUUGCUCAACAUCUGGCAAAAGCUUAUGGUGAUCGUGCAUACCCUGUAGCUAAAUUGGCGUCUUUAACUGGUAAGAGAUGGCCUAUUAUUGGUAAGAGAAUACAUCCUGAGUUCCCUUACAUCGAUGCUGAAAUUCGUUAUGGUGUUCGUGAAUAUGCUUGCACUGCCGUCGACAUGAUUGCUAGACGUCUAAGAUUAGCUUUCUUGAAUGUUCAAGCAGCUCAAGAAGCACUUCCAAUAGUAUGUGACAUUAUGGCAGAAGAACUUGGCUGGUCAAAAGAUGAAAAAGAACGACAAAUGAAGGCCGCUGUAGAUUUCUUAAACAAUGAAAUGGGACAAGCUGUUAGCAGAUCAUUGAAGGAUGCACCUGUUAAUCUCUCCAAUGACGAAAUCAAGACAUACAAGAAACGUUUUGAGGUCAUUGACAAAGAUAAGAAGGGCUACGUAUCCAUUAAUGACAUUCGAAGGGCUUUGAAGAGCUUCGGUGAUGCUGACAUAAGUGGUGAAGAGCUUCAUGAAAUCUUACGCGAGAUUGACACAAAUAUGAAUGGACAAGUUGAGUUGGAAGAAUAUCUUCAGAUGAUGUCUGCUAUCAAAUCUGGUACGGUUGCUUACUCGCGAUUCGCUCGCGUUGCUGAAUUUGAAGAAGCAAAACAAAACGAACUUAGAGCUAAACAUAAGAUUUCUGUUGAUCGUUCUGGAGGCGGUUUGUAAAAAAGAAAAUCUUAUUAAUAAUUAAUUAUUUAUUCAUUUAUUUAUAUUUCCCUAUCAAUCUCUCGAUUUAAAUUCCUUAUUUAUUCAUUGUGCAUCGUUAAGAUGAUUAAGUUUAUAAUUUAUUUUCAUAUCUGCAUCGAAAAGAAAAAACAUGAAUUUAAUUAUUUCCUUCAUUAUGAAUUUUCCCCUUGAAACUAUUAACAAUUUUCCGAUUUUGAAUAAAUUAAUUUUAAUUUCUAAUCUUGUUAUAAAACGCUUUAGAAAGCGAAAAUGACUUAUUGAGGUACUUAUAAUAUAUAAGUUGAUAAUUCAUUUGAGAAUUCCCAAAGAAAUAUUUUCUAAGCUUACAUGAAGGAAAUUUUGUGUCAAAGAAAACAAAAAUGAAAAAGAAAGAGAGAGAGAGGGAGAGAAGGGCAGAAUCAAAAGUACUGAAAAUUUUAUGAUUUAUUUUCAAAAUUGUGAUUGGAACUUAUUUUAUAUGAAAAUUAGAUUUUGUAAAUCAAAUAUUUCUAGAUAUCUAAAAUAAUAAAACAAAAAUAUUUAAAUUU